AUGAGUGAUAACUGGCUGGAGAAACAAAAGGAAAAAGUUGUUAGCGUCAACGUCUUGAAUGAAGAAGUCGAAGUUGAAUCACUUUCUUCUAAAGAAAAUGUUUUCCAGGAUAAAGCGGUCUGCGACUAUUACAGAAAUUUGUAUGAAAGAUCAAAUUAUGAAUGCCGUCAUCAUUUUGACGCCGACUUAACUUGGACUUUGAAAGAAGAAAAGGAAAUUUUAAGGAUAAAUGAUUGGAGAGUUACAUUUUGGGCUUUCAUCAUGUUCACUGGUUUGAACUUGGACAGGUUUAAUAUCAGACAGGCAGUCUCAGACGACAUGUUACAAGAAUUGAAUUUAACUACCAACGAUUAUAAUUUGGGUAAUACAAUUAACUUGCUCUGUUUUCUAUCUGCUGAAUUACCAUCUCAAUUAAUCUCAAAAAAAUUAGGUGCUGAUAUCUGGAUUCCUACUCAGAUAUGUAUUUGGUCUAUUGUUUCACUAACCCAGUUUUGGAUUAAAUCAAAAACUGGGUUUUUAGUCACGAGAGCUUUAAUAGGUACCUUUGAAGGUGGAUUCAUUUGUGACAUGAUGUUGUUCAUGUCUUAUUUUUAUACCGGAGCAGAAAUGCCAUGGAGAGUCUCUUUAUUUUAUAUUUCAAACUCUUCAACAACAGUUAUUGCUGCUUUAUUAGGAUCUGCUCUACUUUUAAUAAAAACUGACUCAGUCCCCCAAGGUUGGAGGUUCAUGUUUUUAAUCGAAGGUGCGAUAACUUUAGUCAUCGGUAUUGCUUCCUACUUCAUGAUGCCAGCUUCAGCUGUUGAAACUAAAAAAUGGUAUAGAAAGAAUGGUUGGUAUACUGAACGUCAAGAAAAAAUUUUAGUUAAUAAAGUGUUAAGAGAUGAUCCGAAUAAAGGUGACAUGAAUAAUAGACAGCCAGUAAGUUUAAAGGAGUUGGUAAAAGCUAUUUUUGAUUAUGACUUGGUUCCAAUUUAUCUAGUAAGGCUUUUAACUGAUCUUUCCAGUUCUCCAGUGUCAACUUACUUGACUUUGACUUUAAGACACUUGGGGUUCUCUCCAAUUGUAACGAAUUUGUUGACUAUUCCCCAAAAUGUUCUUUCUAUUAUAACCAUGAUGGCUAUUGGUUGGUUUUCAGAGAGAAUAAAUGAUCGUACAUUAGCUCUCUCAAUAAUUCCGAUUUGGACUGUGAUUUGUUUGAUAGUAUUACGAUUUUGGUCAAAAGCUCAAAUUGAUAUUUGGGGAACUUACGCUUUAUUACUUAUUUUGCUAGGAGCUCCAACUGAUGGACCACUUUCAAUAACCUGGAGCUCUAGUAACAGUAACUCUGUGCGUAAUAGAGCUGUUUCUUCAGCAGUUGUUAAUAUGUUUGCACAGUCGGCGCUGAUAAUCGGUUCUAAUAUCUAUAGAGACGAUGAUAAGCCGUUAUAUAAACGUGGGAAUGUUGACUUGAUCGGUAUAGCUUUCGGAUCUUUGGCUGUGAUCAUUUUUGCAAGGUUUUAUUAUAUUUGGAGAAAUAAGUCAAAUAAAAAAAGAUGGAAUGCAUUGACAUUUGAAGAGCAGGAAAGCUACUUACAUACUACUACCGAUGAAACUAAUAAGAAGAUCAAUUUUAAAUUUGUAUAUUAG